CUUCCUCUUCCGGGUCGACGACCCACCUUACCCCCCCUAACCUGGGAGGCUGCAUGGUCCGCCGCUUCUCGCGCGUUCUUCUACCUCUGCUGCUGCGGCUGCCGCCACCUCCGCGGGCCCGGCCGGGUGUGACGGUCAGCCUGGAGUCCGCCCCGCCAUCCAAGCGACCCCGCGGCAGCCUUAUGGCGCCUCCCCGAAUCGGAACGCACAACGGCACUUUCCACUGCGAUGAGGCCCUGGCGUGCGCAUUGCUGCGCCUCCUGCCCGAGUACAGAGAUGCAGAGAUUGUGCGGACCCGGGACCCCGAAAAAUUGGCUUCUUGUGACAUCGUGGUGGAUGUGGGUGGCGAAUACGAUCCUCAGAGACACCGGUAUGACCAUCACCAGAGAUCUUUCACAGAGACCAUGAGCUCCCUCUCUCCUGGAAAGCCGUGGCAGACCAAGCUGAGCAGUGCGGGACUCAUCUAUCUGCACUUCGGGCACAAGCUGCUGGCCCAGUUGCUGGGCACCAGUGAAGAGGACAGCAUGGUGGGCACCAUCUAUGACAAGAUGUAUGAGAACUUCGUGGAGGAGGUGGAUGCGGUGGACAAUGGGAUCUCGCAGUGGGAAGAGGGAGAGCCCAGGUAUGUGCUGACUACCACACUGAGUGCCAGGGUUGCUCGACUUAAUCCGACCUGGAACCAGCCUGACCAAGACACUGAGGCCGGGUUCAAGCGCGCCAUGGACCUAGUCCGAGAGGAGUUUCUGCAGAGACUAGACUUCUACCAACACAGCUGGCUGCCAGCCCGGGCCUUGGUGGAAGAAGCCCUGGCCCGGCGAUUCCAGGUGGACCCAAGUGGGGAGAUAGUAGAACUGGCAAAAGGUGGAUGUCCCUGGAAGGAGCACCUCUACCACCUGGAAUCUGGGCUGUCCCCACCGGGCACCAUCGCCUUUGUUAUCUACACUGACCAGGCUGGACAGUGGCGGAUACAGUGUGUGCCCAAGGAGCCCCAUUCAUUCCAGAGCCGGCUGCCCCUGCCAGAGCCAUGGCGGGGUCUUCGGGAUGAGGCCCUGGACCAGGUCAGUGGGAUUCCUGGCUGCAUCUUUGUCCACACCAGCGGAUUCAUUGGUGGGCACCACACCCGAGAAGGUGCCUUGAGCAUGGCUCGGGCCACCCUGGCCCAGCGCCCGGUACCUAAACCUCCCACAAAUUCCCUAGACCAAUAAAACAUCCUCUAUCUCGUA